UUCGGUACUGUUAUCCUCUAAACGUUCGUCGAUUUGUGUCUACUUGUGUAUCUAGAGUGUAUGGGGUUCCUUAGGACAUACCCAUCUUGUUAUCGAAUCCGCUGAAGACUGAAAUAACAAAUGUCGGACGUAUUUGUCAAAAUAACAAAUGACCAAAGUAUGGAAUCACGUGACGGUUUAAACUCAAGCUCAGUGUCCAAUUCUUCCGGUGUGGAUUCUUUACACGAUUAUGGUAUCCCCGAGGGGUUCCAAUUCAUCCUCUUAGUAUUGUACGCCGUCACAUGUCUGGUUGUGUUAUUAGGGAAUGGCGUCAUUUGUUACACGAAUUAUACGAUACACAGUUUUCGCACAGUUACCAAUUUCUUUAUAGUCAGCCUCGCUAUAACAGAUAUCAUCAUGACUAUAGUGUGCGUUCCGUUCUCAAUACUUAGCAAUCUGUUUUUCCAUUACUGGCCUUUCUGGAGUUUUCUCUGUCCGAUUGUUGGGUUCGUACAGAUGUCAAGUGUGUUACUCAGAUCCUUCAUGCUUGUCGCUAUGACAAGCGACAUGUACCACGUGGCCACUAGGCCAUUGAAGUCACGCCUUACAACGUCCCGGGCAAAACUGUUGGUGAUGGUGAUAUGUGCCUUAUCAUGUUUAAUAUCUCUUCCCACAUCAAUAUAUUCAAAAAUUGAGUACAUGCCUUAUGAGCCUGGGUCCCAAGGUCUAUGUGUGGAGAAAUGGCCGGACGAUUUCGUCAGAAGUAUUUACGGAGUUUGUAUCAUGAUGCUUCAAUACUUCAUUCCACUGAUCAUCAUGGCAUUCACAUACAUCCACAUUGGGGUCAUUAUCUGGAUCAAACGAACCCCGGGGGAAGCUAACACACGUAGAGACGAACGACUGGCCACCUCUAAAAAGAAGACAAUUAAAAUGAUCAUUGUGGUCGUGAUUGCUUACCUGUUGUCCUGGCUACCACUCCAUAUGAUAACUAUCAUCGGAGACCUGGACCAAUCCAUUUUUGACUCACAGUGUGUGCAUAUGCUAUGGCUUACUGCUCACUGGCUAGCAUUUAGCAACUCGGGAGUUAAUCCAGUUAUUUUCUAUUGGAUGAAUUCUAAAUUCCGGCACCAUGUGUUGUUCUGUCUCCGUGUG